AUGGGUGAUAUGGCUUCAACAUUUAGUCAACACAUUUAAGUCGAAACAAACGAAUUAUUUUACUACAAAUCUUUUCUUUAACGUGGUUAGCUAAUGCCUUAAACGUUUAUCGUUUUAUAUUCUCAAGAAUACUCUAAGUAUUUUAAAGUCAGGGUAUGUAUUUGUUGAGAAUGAUAGCGCUCUCGUGUUGAUGUGACUUCCCGUGCCCGCCUGCUUUACUUCAAUCGAUAUUUAACGGCUGGAGUUCAUACAUGUUACAUGUAAUAAAGAAAUGAAGAGGAAAUUUUAUGGUCGUCAGUGGCUCUUCGAAAAGAUUCACGAUACGAUAGAAAAAGGUAAAAAUUUGGACCCACCAAAGUAUAGAGGUGUAGCCAUACUUGGUCAAGCGGGUUCUGGGAAGACUUCAGUAUGCUUGCAGUUGCUUCAACCCAAUGAGAACGAUAGCAUUAAAAAAGAAUUGUCUGAAAACAUUAUUGCGUAUCAUUUUUGUGAGGCUGACAAUCAACAAUCUUUAGAUGUUAGUCAGUUUAUACGAAACAUAGUGUUACAGUUGUGUAAACAUGAAAAACUUGCUAACUAUAAACAACAAUACAACUCAAGCGACAUUCAAGAUCUCGUGAAGAAAGAACACAAAAAUGAAGAUAUUAUAAAUAUAUUUAAGAAAGUUAUUGUUGAUCCACUCAAGGCAUGUGAGGUUAAAAAUCAGAGAUUGCUUUUGAUAGUGGAUUCAAUUGAUGAAUCAUUGUUUGAAGGUAGUAGCCCAGACACUGAUGUUAUUACCAUUUGUAGUUUACUCGUUAUCGCCCUGCAGCAGAACUUAUUACCCCCAUGGCUAAGAUUAAUAAUCACCGCUCGACGGCAGUCUAGAGAUGUAAUGAAAAUGUUUUCUGGUCUGAGAAAGAUUACUUUGGAUGAUUUAAAGAAGUCAUAUGUAGUGAAAGAUGUACAACAGUAUAUUUUAGAUCGCCUUGAUGCUGAUCCUGACUUGAGGAAGCACUUGACACGCCACACUGCUGAACAAUUUAAUUUACUCCACGUCAAAAGUAAUGGGUGUAUUUUAUACCUUGAACAGAUACUAGACAAUGUUAUCAAGGGUGUUUUGACCAUUGAGGACGUCAGUGACAUUCCUGGGACAUUAAAUGGUCUAUAUUUAUGGUUAUGUCAGCGAUUGUUUACGGAAGAUGCUUAUAACACUCAUCUCAGACCAAUAUUGGAAACAUUGUUAGCAACCAAACAAAACUUGUGUUUUAAUGAUUUGAUUAGUAUCAUCAAAUUAGUGAAUGAUGGUGUUAUUAACGAGAAGGAUGUUCAAGACAGUUUAGACACUUUGUCACCCAUGUUGGUCCAGGAGGAUGGUAGCUAUCAUUUUGUUCACCAUUCAUUUAGUGAAUGGCUGAUUGAUGUUAAGCAUUGUACCCGAAGGUUCCUGUGUAAUGUUGCCAAAGGUCAUGCAAUGUUAGCUGUUUAUUUCAUGUGUGGAGGCAAAACAUUAACUUUACAAGAGAAUGAGAGGUUCCUGUCGCAUUUAUUACAGAGUCAAUAUCCUUCAAGUGACCCAACCAAAGUAGAGCAAUGGUUGAAAUGGAGUGGUGUACGUGCUCAAGAUGCAGGCACACUUGGGGAUAUUACAAGUGAGAGUACACAUAAACUUGGAGAUGUCCAAGCUACAUUGCCACAUUGUGAAGAUGAAUCAUGUGCCCCCAAGAGAAAUGAUGAUGUUGAAUCAUGUGCUCAAAUUAAUAACAACCUAGACAAAGAAGAUAAAGACUGCACACCACUCUUGAAAGCAGCACACAGCGGCAACUGUAAAGAAGUACAUUCUCUCCUCCAGAAAGGUGCAGAUGUAAAUUUUAUCGACAGAAGUGGUAAGACAGCAUUGAGUGUUGCAAGUGGCGAGGGUCAUGUCAAGAUAGUUCAUGAUCUAAUAAACUGUGGUGCUGAAAUAAACACUCGUGACUCCAAUGGUUGUACACCAUUGAGAGCAGCAGCAAGAUGUGGUUCAUCAGACACAGUGACGUUACUAUUGAAACAUGGUGCCAUACCUGACCUGGCUGAUAACAAUCAGAGAACAGCUAUGAGAGCUGCUGCAUGGGGUGGACAUACAGAUAUUGGUAAGUAAUACUGUCCAGUACACCAUAAUCAACCAGAUUCUAGUGUCAACCAGAUUCCAGUGGUGGAUUUAAAGGGGGGGACAGGUGUCCAAAUCACUUUUCCAAAUUAUGUGCAAACCUUUUUUGAACACUCGACAAACAGAGGCAGGGGGGCAAACAAGAAUUUACCCGAUAUUUAUUAAAUUGCUUGACCAAAAUUGCCUGAUUUUUAAAUACAAACUGGCCAAUAAAAUAUAAGCCCUGGGCUUAUAUUCUUUCGUUAGUAAUUUUUGAUGGGCUUAUAUGAGGGGGGGGGCUUAUAUACGGGGAGGGGCGGGGGGUGGGGCUUAUAUACGGGGAGGGGCUUAUGCAUGGACGAUCUUUUGUGUUAGUAAUAAACAAGUCAGUCAUAAACAGGAAAAUUAACAUGUAUUAAUAACGUGCUUUGAUUAACAUAGUAAGCUAUAAAGACAAUGACAGUGUUUUUAAAUAUUGUUCUCUGCUAUAUUAAAAGACAAUGUCAAUGUUGAAUAACGUAGUGGGUUACUGGGUUUAUGUUCGGGGACUUAUAUUCGGGGGGCUUAUAUUCAGGGGGGCUCUUAUAUUCAGAGGUUUACGGUAUUGUGUUCAGAUUUUCCACAUUUAGUUUCCAAAUACAAUUGCUAAAAAUCUGUUGCUAUAAACCCUUGAUGAGUAUAAAAAUCAUCUUGUGUUAAUAAAUAUAGUAAAAUAAUAAAAUGGGUGCAUUAGGAUACAAUGAAACUUAAUGUGUUAAUUUCACUAAGUACUGAGGUUGAGAACAGGUCACUGCUAGCUGUGAAUUUUAGGGGCGAAACUAGGCCCUCUUAAUUUGGGGGGUGUCUGCCAGAAUUGCCCUGCCAGAAUUGCCCUGCCAAAACCAAUGAUGCCCUGCAGCAAAUUUUUAUUUCUGAGACCAUAUUUUCCCCAAAAAUGUUGGCUAGCGAGAGGGGGGGGGGGUUAAAAUUUUUUCCGCACUUUAAAAAAGAUGGUCAAAAAAAUUUUUCCAGACAUAAACCAGUUAAAUUAAUGUUCAAUUUUUCCGUACAAAUUCCUGUUAAAACAUAGGUGAAACCCUUUUUUGGACCAAUAUCUGUAAAAUUUAGGUCUAUGAAUUCCCUCUGGAAACCCUGUAAGUUACUUAAUAACACUACAUUCUAUCAUUUACAAUCUUGAUUGCCCUGGCAAUCCAGAUGAUUGCCCUGCCAAUCCAGAUGAUUUGUAUUUUGGGGGGUGUCCAUACCCCCCUCAAGUUUCGCCCCUGACAACAAGGUAAGGGCAAAGCAGGGCGUUGAAAGCCAACAAGCAGGGCAUUGAAAGCCAAUGCAAGUGCCAAUGCUAAUGCCAAUUGAUGCUAAAUUUGAGGCCUGCCAAAUUGUGUUUACAUGUUGCUUACAUGGUUGAAUUUUUCAUUUAUCUACUAUCUAUGGUUGCUUAGAAGAAGAUAGAUCUUCUGUCCAUGCAGUAGGAAUUAGUAAUUAAUAAACCUGCUAGCAAUGGUUAGAUUUAGCUUGCAGUAAUGAGCAAUAAGCUGUUUGGCAAUUUUAAAUUGUUAUAAUUGUAAUUUUAUGCUGGCAAAGUUAAUAAGUGUUAAAUGCAUAUGAACAUACUACAUAAGCCUUGAGGUAAAGCCUCAACUUUUUUGUUUUAUUCUGUUUGAAGCAGGAAUUUUGAUACCACCAAUGAAAGACAAGAACAAUUUAAUUAAGUAAAGUUAGCAUUAAAUCUCCUCCAUUACUUGGCUUGUUUUGUUCAAAAUAGAAUGGAACUCUUGUUUUCAUUGGUAGCUUUCAAAUGUUAUUACGUAUUUUGUUUGUAAUCUAUAUGUAGGUGAAGGGGGAACUUUUUAAUUCUUUAUAUCAUAUAUCAUUAUAUCAAUUCUUCAUGUCAUAUGUUUUCUAGAAUUUUAGUCUUAUAUAUUCCUGAAGUGACAAGUGAUGACAAAGACUGUCAACAGAACCCAAUGCUGUGGAAAUUAAGUCACAGCAAAAUAAAAUUAGUGAUGCAUUGAUAUUCAUUUGUAAAUUAUGGUUGUGCUUGUGUAUUUCUGAGCAACAUGAAAUUGGAUGUGCAGUUUGUUUUACAACAGAAAUAUCACUCACUCGAUUAAUACUUUUGAUAAAACAAGGAGUAAAUAUUUCUGGAAGCCAGAAAUGAUAACACAAAUAUAGGAGGUGUAUUUAACCCAUUAACACUCAACACCUUCGUCUUGGCUACUUAAUUAAAUUGUCUGGCCUUAAAUGCAGUAAAAUAACAAAAUAGGGUGCAUUUUGUGGGUGCAGUUUAAUGAGUUGAUAACAUUGGUUGAUAAAUGAUAAUGUCAAUAAUGUACAGUGUGCAGUACUGUAUUUGGUAUGGUGUAUCAUAUAUAUUGAUUGAUAUGGUCCUGAAAUACGACCAAAUUACCUCCAAACACUAUGAAUUUCAAGGAGUUGAAUUAACUCUAAAAAUGUUAUUCUCUCACCGUUUGUUAAUCUGUCAACAAAAAGGUGAGAGAAUAACACUUUUGGAGUUUCAACUCCAUGAAAUUUACAGUGAAAGUAGUACAGUACUAUAUAGAGUACAGCUUAUAAAAACUUAUAGAUGUAUAACUUUCUCUUUAUAGUUUAAUAAAGUGAAUAAACACAACAGUUUAAUCUAGCAUGACUGGGGUUAAUAUUAUAUACAUUCAUUUAUAAGCUGGAACGAUCUGUACCAGUGUAGGUAUGAGUCUAGUGACAAUAACACCAGAAAGUUGCAAAUUGAGAGGGAUGCAACUACCUGAAAAAUACAAGGAAAACUCUGAAGUUUCGAGAGAAGCCCUUCGUCUGGCCUUAGCGAAACGUCAGGCUCGAAACGUUGAAGAUUUCCUCGUAUCUUUCAUUGAUUUAUGGGGUACAUAGCCGUACAUAGCCUUACAUAGCCAUAUACAGGGACGCCGGAACGAUAAUAGGGCAAAGGGGGGCGGACGCACCCCAAGGGCACCUUUACUGAAAAAUUUUUUUUCACUGCAAAAUUUUUUGGCGACCCCCCCCCCCGUCGCCAAAAAAAUUUCGGUCAGUGUACCAUUUUAGGGGUCAAAAAUUUUUUCCGGACAUACAAAAAUUUUCCGUGAAGCCCAAAAUUUUUCCGGAUAUCUUAAAUUUUCGCCAUUUCUUCAAAAUAUUUUUCUAAAUUCCAAAAAUUUCCCCAAAUUUUUAUAAAUAUAAACUAUAAAUUACCUGAAUCUCGUGAUUUUCCUACAAAAAGCAUCGUUGGAAAUGUGAUUUAUCACGUAUUAUUUUACAACUAAAAGGGCACUUCUGCCCCCCCUAGCAAAAGGCAAGGGGGGCAGCCGCCCCCCCUGCCCCCCAGUUCCGGCGUCCCUGGCCAUAUAAAUCUAAAUUGUUGGGGUCAAGCAUUGGCCGCGGUGUAGAAUAUAUAAAGCUUUGGUUACGCUUACAUAUAACCUUUUCUAUAUAGUUCUUCAGUUGUUGCAGAAAGGUGCUGAUCCAAAUCAUAUGGACAGGGAAGGUCGAACAGCUUUGAUUGCAGCUGCUCAUACUGGUUGUGUCAAAACUGUUGAAGUGUUGUUAGAUCAUGAAGCAAGUGUGAAUCAUGCUGAUAGUGAUGGAAGAACAGCAUUGGCCGUGUGUAUUCUCUCAGAAUUCUUGAAGAAUCAUCUUGGUAAGAAUUUCUUCACUUCCUGUCAGAAAAUUGUCUUUAUUUUGUUUCGUUAUAAUUCACUAUAUAUAUAUAUAUAUAUAUAUAUAUAUAUAUAUAUAUAUAUAUAUAUAUAUAUAUAUAUAUAUAUAUAUAUAUAUAUAUAUAUAUAUAUUAUAUAUAUAUAUAUAUAUAUAUAUAUAUAUAUAUAUAUAUAUAUAUAUAUGUUUGAUUCCUUGAAAUUCCUGUUUUUUUCCCAAGUCAGUCAGUUGCCAGGUCGGUCAGUUAGGUAGUCACCAUUCGGAAAAUUUGAAAGUUAACGAUAGUAGAGAGUCAACGAUAAACGUAAGUAAAGGUGCGAGGAUACGUGGUUGCCUAACGGACACGAAGGAGAAAAUACGUAAAUAUGUGUUCAUAUCAGAAAUUACUUUUGAACGAUUUUUUGGCGGAGGACUUGUGGGCGGGAAAAUUAGGGCGAGAGAACGGCGCGUGGACAAGAAAUACGCGAGUCUAGCGUCUCGAUUUCAACCGUUGAUGUAGCAGGUAGAGAGUGUACCCAUUCGCGGCUGUAGCUACGUACAUAUGUACACCAUACUGACCAUAGGAUAUUCCAGGCUUUGCGGUAUCCCGUUGGCUUUUGCGGCAGAUUUCUCUAAACAUGCAGGGGCCAGUUGUACGAAAACCACAUGACAUGACCAAUUGUUUGAGUAUAGAAACCAUUUGUUUGUAUAUAGCUAUUGGUGGGCAUGAGUCUCAUGCUGGUCGGCUUUUUUCCGUUGAUUUUGUCCGUCUAACUUACGUCCUUUCCCUUGUUAGCUGCCAUCAUAAUAAAAAUGUGCAUAGUUUCCCUACAAUAAGUACAGUAUAUAUGUAUUACAAAAAAUCAAUUAAUCUAAUGAAUGGAAAAUUUCCUUAUUUUUAUGUUAGAUGUGAUAAAAGUUCUGUUGGAAAAUGGUGCGGAUGCAAAUCAUCCUGAUUUUGAUGGAAUGACUCCUCUAUGUUUGGCCAGUAUGUUGGGUCAUAAAGAUGUUGUGCAACUGUUGUUAGAGAGACAUGCCGAUGUGGGACAUUGGGAUAGACAUGGCAGAACUCCUUUAAUGUUGGCUUCAGCGAAUGGACAUCAUACAGUUGUGAAGUUAUUACUGGAAUGCCAAAGAGGUUUGUAGACGUUUUCCUGCUUAGUUUUUUGCAGCAUGACGGACACUAUAUAGGGGGAGGGGGAGAAGGAUAACCUCGAACGGUCUUUGCCAGUGUAGGUUGUGACGAUAAUAAGAAAGCUGCGCAUUGAUAUAGGGAUACAACUACCUGAAAAAUACAGGCAGAAGGGUAACCACCGACCGCGAUAACGCAUUGCUUAUCAUGGUCUGGUUAUCCAUGAAUACUGAAAAGUGGUUCUGCAUGUAAUAAUUAUGCUAACCCCAUGCCAUUUCAAGGUGAAUGUUUUGUGCGUAUAUAUGGGGAUAAAAUGCGUCAUUUUAAUGAGUUUUUUCGCCUCAUUUUUACGUUUCUGUGUUUUUGAUUUAUGUUUUUUGUAAUGGAAUAAAUGGAUGCAACGUCGUAUUAACUAGUUAUACAGCUAUUUCAAUUAAAGAGUGUCACUGAGACAAUAGUCAAAUAUGCAAUAUGGGCGCUGAUAGUUUUAAGUAAGUUUUAGUAUAUCAGUAGCCUCAUGGGGAUACUUUCAGCGACAGCUCCCAAUGCAAAUGUAGUUUUAGAAUAUACAAAAUCUGGUUGUUGAUGAAACAAUUUAAAUUUUGAGUUGUCGCGUGUAGCAUCACAAUAAAUCAAUCAAUUGUAUCGGUUCCACGAGGCACGACGAAGGAAGUGACAAGGAAUUGUUUAUCUCGUAAAAACGUUCUAAUCCACAUUUUUGAGUAACGUGUAUGGUUGGUAUGUUAGAUGAACAAUUAGGCCAAAUCGUCAUUAGUGCUGUCUAGAAAACAAAUAAAACAAAAGGCCAAGACAAAGAAAACAAAGGCCUAAUGUGACGGUGUUUGGCCUAAUUAUUCAGCAAACCAUUACCUACUAACCCUGGUAACGUGCCUGCUCUAGCCUAUGCCUGCAUGCUCGACCCUAGACAGUUCUUGCCGUGUCUUUUUCAAUUUGAAACUUUACACUAUCCUUGGAUCCCUAGUUUUGUUACCGAUUCGCUAAAACGUUCCGUUAGCAUUCAGCAGUGUUUUUGAAACAAUAGAUCUUCAAUUUCAACAAUUACAAUUAGAAAAGGUUGGAAUGUUAUUUUAAUUCAAUGUCUUCUGUUUUGUAUUAUAGGUAAACAGGCAGAGAUAUCAAAAGAGAAUUUCUUCAAAAAGGAUAACUCUGGCUGGACGCCUUUGCUAGUUGCCGCAUUCAAUGGUGAGUCUUUCGUUCAUGGACAUGAUAUAUUGUUGGUCAUUGUAGUAUGAUUAAUGUAACUAUUCUUGCAGGAUUUGAGUCAGUUGUUCAGCUGCUUCUAUUUUACGGUGCUCCAUUAAGUGAUGUUGAUGAAUCCAAGCGUACUCCAUUGAUGCUUGCUGCACAUGAAGGUCACACUGUUCUACUUGAACAACUUAUUUGUGCUGGAUCUUCCGUAAAUGCGAAAUCUUCUGAAGGACGUACAGCCAUUCAUUAUGCGACAUUAUUUGGUCAUAUUGACUGCGUGGAAAAGUUGUUGCAAAAAGAAGCUGAUGUAAAUGUGUAUGACAGUCAUGGUAUUACACCAUUGAACUAUGCCGCGAAGGAAGGUAUGUGAGAUUUUCUAUAAAGUAAAACUCGAGAAUAUACCGCAUGUAAUGCGCAUGGUCAGAGUUGUAGACUCGAGUCAUGUGACUUGAAUUCCAGUCGCGAUUCUUGUGACUUGACUUGUUAAUCAGGUUAUUGACUUAUGACUUGACUUAGACUUGAACAAAAUGACUUGUGAUUUGACUUGGACUUGCAAGAAAUGAUUUGUUACCAACGCAAGUUAAACGUACAAGAAUAGUAUAUAUACAAGAAGAGUAAUUUAGGAUACCGUAAGUGCAUGUGGUGCAGUGACAAAAUAAGAAGCCAGACAAGAAAAAUUUUAAAAAUAAACAGAUGUAAUUAACAUUUAGAAUUGUUCUUCUUUCCCAGGCAAUGCCAAAUUAUGUGAAGUGCUGUUGAAAGGUGGAGCGAAAGUGAACUGUCAAGAUCCAAGUGGAAGAACUCCUCUACAUACUGCAGCGUGGAGUGGAUUUUAUAGUGUCGCUGAAAAAUUGAUUGAGUAUGGUGCAGAUGUAAAUCAUGUUGGCCUGAUGGGAUAUACACCACUAAUGACAGCUGCCUGGCAAGGACAUACUUCUGUUUUAAAUUUACUUCUGAAGAGGAACGCCAUGGUUGAUGUAGUCUCGAGCAAUGAUAAAGCAACAGCUCUCAAUAUCGCUGCUCAAGAAGGACAUGAAGAUGUUGUCAGACUGUUACUGAAUCAUAGUGCUUCGACAUUAGCAGAUAAAUAUGGUAGAGAUCCCAUGAAGGUUGCUAAACAAGCAGGUACAGUAUUACACACCGUGUAAUUUGUUUAGUUGAUAGUUUUACGUUUCCGCCGUGAAUAUUUCCUGCUGCGAAUUAGGGUUAAACUUAAUACAGUUCACUUAGAUAAACCACUCCGAUCUUUUUAUGAUGGAGCUGCCGUGGUUCGGGCUUGAACCAUCUGAAAUAGAUUAAAAAAUUAAUAUUGACCCUAAUCCUUACCCAGACGAAACAGCAAGACAUGGCGCUCUAUCCCGCUUUCGUUCGUCUACCUUCGUUCAGAAUGAAUAUUUUUGCAAAAUUCAUCGUGAAUUUGUUCUGAACGAAGGCGGAAGAACAAAUUCGGGGAUAGAGCUUCGUGUCUCGCUGUUUUGUCAGGGUCAGGGUAAGGAUUAGGGUCAGUAUUCAUAAACGGCCGGACAUGAAUCUAUAACGGGAAGACUCGUUGAGCAACCACCAGUGACCCCAAAAACUCAGUAGGCGUUGAGCCAUUUUGAAUACUGACUAUGCUCAAUUGCUCAAACUGAUCCCCAAGCCCCACUCCUUGGAGUACAAUUAAUACAAUUAUAAUUGCACUCCUCUGACCUCUCAACCAAUCAGAAAUUUUGUCAUGCUAAUAAUAAAAAGUGUAAUAUGAAUUUGUUUUCUAAAGAUAGUAAGAAAAAAUGUUCUCUUUCGAUAAUUUGCAGGAAAUCGAGCAGUGGUGAACAUUUUAGAUUCCUUCAAUUCCUUAUCAAUGAGUGAUGGGAACUUUACCAACACUUUGAAGAGACAGUUUCCUAAGCUAACGAAAGCCACUUCGAGCGUGGAAAAUCCCUCACCUGUACUAGCAGAACAACAGAAGAAAUGCAUAACAAGAACGACGUCCAAUACCAGCUCACGUGGUAAGAAUGGCAGCGAAGAACUGGCUGAUUCAAAUACAAGUAUUAGUUCAACUGAUCCCUCCACGCCUUAUGAUGAAGAAUAUUCACAUUCUUAUUGUGGUCCGUUUGGCGAAAUGUCGACGGGAAUGUCCUCAAUGUCGAGUUUAAAACAAAGUAAAACAACAGUAUUAACAAGCUCUACUAUGGCAAUGGAUGAUGAAGUUUUCUUUGGAAGAUCUAUGUCCAAGGAUUCUGUUCAUAAAAUACCUUUUGACUUUAAUAUCGCAUAUCAUGGCUGUGAUCCUAUCAACUUAAGAAAAGCUUUAGAAAUGCCUUCAACGGAAACAACGUUAUGAACUGUCCAAUAUAAUUAUAAUAACGAAUAGAAUAUAUAUAUUAAGAAUUAAUGUUGAAUGUGUUAGGAGUACUGCCCAAGCAUUUUAUCUAAGCACAUAACUAAGGAUAUUCCGUGAAUUGAUAACAUUUACUGUAAUUCUUCAAGCUUUGACUAAAUUUUAUCCUAUGACUGUAAUUUUUUUUAUCAAUUAACGGAGUUUCCAUUGUUUUGUGUUUAAGAAUUCGUUGGGUUUAUCGCUUGUUUUACGGGAAAGAAUUCAGUGUACAAUUUUGACUCGCGACUGAGUUGUGUUGUUAGAUAGGGACAAUUUUAAUACAAAUGGAAGAUAUAUAGUGUAACAUAAUGUAAUGAAAUAGUUUGUGGAAUAGUUUGUUAUGUGUUGAGAGCGUGUUGUUUAUUGUCAGGAGACUUGCAUGCAGCAGGAAUAUGCAUGGCAACCUUGCCAACCAGGCUUUUUACCCC